UGGCGGCGGCGGGACCGCGGGACCUGGCGCGGGGGCCGCCGGGGGAGGCAGCUUCAUGUUUCCUGUUGCAGGUGGAAUAAGAGCCCCCCAAGGCCUGAUGCCAAUGCAGCAACAAGGAUUCCCUAUGGUCUCUGUCAUGCAGCCUAAUAUGCAAGGCAUGAUGGGAAUGAAUUACAGCUCCCAAAUGUCCCAAGGACCCAUUGCUAUGCAGGCAGGGAUACCAAUGGGACCGAUGCCAGCAGCGGGAAUGCCUUACCUAGGACAAGCACCAUUCCUGGGCAUGCGUCCUCCAGGUCCACAGUACACUCCAGACAUGCAGAAGCAGUUUGCUGAAGAGCAGCAAAAACGAUUUGAACAGCAGCAAAAACUCCUAGAAGAAGAAAGAAAAAGGCGCCAGUUUGAAGAGCAAAAGCAAAAGCUCAGACUUUUGAGUAGUGUGAAACCUAAGACAGGAGAGAAGAGUAGAGAUGAUGCUUUGGAAGCCAUAAAAGGAAACUUAGAUGGGUUUUCCAGAGAUGCUAAGAUGCAUCCUACUCCAGCAUCGCACCCCAAGAAACCAGAUUGUCCCACCUCAUCUCAUUCUACUAAAACUGUCUCCCCAUCACCUGCCUUUCUUGAUGAAGAAGAAUUCAGUGACUUUAUGCAGGGGCCGGUUGAAGUUCCCACAUGUGGGCCUUCUUCCGCAGCCCAGCCCUUUCAGUCUUUACAUCCCACCACCCCACUUGCCCAGUUGCUUACUCAGAAGGCCGGGGCACAGCCUCUCCCUCCAGGUCAGAUUCCAGUGUCUUUUGCCUUACAUGGUGUCCCUGGGCAAAUUCCUUUUUUCUCUACUGCUUCAGCCUCACACAAUGUGCAGAAAGCAGGCCCUUCCUUGGAGGAGAAGCUCCUAAUAUCUUGUGAUAUAAGUACACCUGAGCAGGAACAAAUUAAAUUAAAUACUUCUGAAGUUGGGCACAAAGCUGUAGGCCCAGGUUCCAGUAAGAACCAUUCCAGUUUAACAGCCAAUAACGGGGGUGCUGUAGAUGGAUAUAUAAGUGGUACCACCACUACAGAGGCAGAAAAGACUUCAGACCAAAACCUGUCAAUUGACGAAAGUGGUGUGGGAGUGUUUCCUUCACAGGAUCCUGUUCAGCCCAGAAUGCCUCCUUGGAUUUACAAUGAGAGUUUGGUCCCAGAUGCCUAUAAGAAAAUUUUAGAAACCACAAUGACUCCAACUGGAAUAGAUACUGCUAAACUUUAUCCCAUUCUGAUGUCAUCUGGACUUCCCAGGGAAACUCUUGGACAGAUAUGGGCCUUAGCUAAUCGAACUACACCUGGCAAACUUACUAAAGAAGAACUUUAUACUGUUCUCGCCAUGAUAGCAGUAACACAGAGGGGUGUUCCUGCCCUGAGUCCUGAUACUUUAAAUCAGUUCCCAGCUGCUCCUAUUCCAACUUUAAGUGGUUUUCCUAUGACACUGCCUACCCCGGUGAGUCAACCAACUGUGCUACCUGCAGGCCCUGCUGGCUCCAUGCCCCUCAGCCUUGGACAGCCAGUCAUGGGUAUUAACCUUGUUGGACCAGUGGGUGGAGCUGCAGCCCCCGCUCCUAGUAGCUUCAUGCCAACUUACUCAGCAAAUCAGGUGGGAAAGCCAGAAGAAGAUGACUUCCAGGAUUUUCAAGAUGCUUCUAAGUCAGGAUCCCUUGAUGACUCAUUCACUGAUUUCCAAGAGGUACCUACUUCUUCAAAACCAAGCAAUUCCCAACAUGGAAACAGUACUCCAUCUCUGUUGAUUCCAGUACCUGGAACUAAAACAAUGGUUUCAACGGAUAAAUAUGCAGUAUUUAAAGGAAUUGCUGCUGACAAGUCCUCUGAAAAUACUGUUCCAUUUGGAGAGCCUGGUGAUAAGUAUAGUGCUUUCAGAGAACUGGAACAGACAUCAGAGAGUAAAUCUUUAGGAGAGAGCUUUGCAGAAUUCAGAUCUGCAGGAACUGAUGAUGGUUUCACCGAUUUUAAAACAGCAGAUAGUAUAUCACCACUAGAGCCACCCACAAAAGAUAAAACUUUUCCAGCACCCUUCUCCUCAGGAACUGUACAACAGAAACAGCAAACACACAUGAAAAAUCCUCUGAACUUGGCAGACCUAGAUAUGUUUUCUUCAGUUAAUUGCAGCAGCGAGAAGCCCUUGUCUUUUUCAGCUGCAUUUAGCACAUCAAAACCUGUUUCCACACGACCUCAGCCAGCAGGUUCAGGCACAACGAUGACAGCACUGGCAUCAACUAAAACUUCUAGUUUGGCUGAUGAUUUUGGAGAAUUCAACCUUUUUGGGGAAUAUUCUAGUCCAGCAUCUAUUGGGGAGCAGGAUGACUUCGCAGAUUUUAUGGCUUUCAGUAAUAGCUCUAUUCCAUCUGAGCAAAAGGCAGAAGACAAAUACAAUGUCCUUAAGGAGGAAGCUAGUCCUGUUCCUCUAACCAGCAACACGGGCUGCACAGUGAAGAGUGCGCAAAACCCACCUGCUUUAUCCACCAAGUACGAUGUCUUCAAACAGCUUUCUCUAGAAGGAGCUGGACUAGGUGUGGAAGAAUUAAAAGAUAACACUCCUUCUGGAAAAAGUGAUGAUGAUUUUGCUGACUUCCACUCCAGUAAAUUUUCUUCCAUGAACUCCGACAAAUCCCUGGGAGAGAAAGCAGUGGCUUUCAGACACACCAAAGAAGACUCUGCUUCAGUGAAGUCCUUGGAUCUCCCGUCCAUUGGUGGCAGCAGCGUUGGCAAGGAGGACUCUGAAGAUGCACUCUCUGUUCAGUUUGACAUGAAAUUGGCUGAUGUGGGAGGAGAUCUUAAGCAUGUCAUGUCUGAUAGCUCUUUGGAUUUACCAACAGUUAGUGGCCAGCAUCCUCCUGCUGCAGAUAUAGAGGACUUAAAAUAUGCUGCUUUUGGGAGCUACAGUAGCACUUUUACAAUGAGCACCCUUACAAGCUAUGACUGGUCAGACAGGGAUGAUGCAUCUCAGGGCAGAAAACUCUCUCCAUUUGUCCUCUCAGCAGGAAGUGGAUCCUCCUCAGCUGCCUCAAUUCUUCAAAAGAAAGAGACAUCAUUUGGCAGUUCUGAAAACAUCACCAUGACCUCUCUCUCCAAAGUAACGACUUUUGCAAGUGAAGAUGCUCUUCCAGAAACUACCUUCCCAGCUUUUGCCAGUUUUAAAGACAUGAUUCCCCAGAGCAGUGAGCAAAAGGAAUACGAAAGUGGGGACUAUAAAAAUUUUAUAAGACAAGACCUAUCUAUAGCUGAACAGAGCCAAGAGGCCACAUGUUCAAGCCCAGCUUCCAGUGGCACCUCUCAUGAAACCCCCAAAGAAUGUUCAGAUGACUUUGGAGAGUUUCAAAGUGAAAAGCCCAAAAUCAGCAAAUUUGACUUUUUAGUAGCCAAUUCGCAAAGCAAAAUGAAAUCCAGUGAAGAAAUGAUCAAAAGUGAGCUGGCAACCUUUGACCUUUCUGUUCAAGGAUCACACAAGAGGAGCUUGAGCCUUGGUGAUAAAGAAAUAAGCCGGUCCUCUCCUUCUCCAGCCCUGGAGCAACCUUUCAGAGACCGUUCCAAUACUCUGAGUGAGAAGCCUGCUCUGCCUGUUAUUCGUGAUAAGUACAAAGAUCUGACCGGAGAGGUGGAGGAAAAUGAGAGAUACGCGUAUGAAUGGCAGAGAUGCCUAGGGAGUGCCCUGGAUGUCAUUAAGAAGGCAAAUGACACCUUAAAUGGAAUUAGUAGUAGUGCUGUUUGCACAGAAGUUAUUCAGUCAGCUCAAGGCAUGGAAUAUUUAUUAGGUGUUGUUGAAGUGUACAGAGUAACCAAGCGCGUGGAGCUGGGAAUAAAAGCCACUGCGGUGUGCAGUGAGAAACUGCAGCAGUUGCUGAAGGACAUUGAUAAAGUAUGGAAUAACCUCAUGGGCUUCAUGUCCCUCGCCACACUCACACCAGAUGAAAAUUCCCUGGAUUUUUCUUCUUGUAUGCUGCGACCUGGGAUUAAAAAUGCUCAGGAACUUGCUUGUGGGGUGUGCCUCUUAAAUGUGGAUUCUAGGAGCCGGAAAGAAGAGAAGCCUGCAGAAGAACAUCCUAAAAAAGCGUUCAACUCAGAAACAGACAGUUUCAAGCUGGCCUACGGAGGGCACCAGUAUCACGCCAGCUGUGCAAACUUCUGGAUCAACUGUGUUGAACCAAAGCCUCCUGGUCUCAUCCUGCCUGACUUGCUCUGAAAAGGUCCUUUAGGAAGCACUGUUUUGUUUUUGUGUUUUUUCUGUCACACCUCUGAGGGUGACAGGGUCAAUAAACAGAAUAUGAGUACUGCAAGGUUCACCUGCAUGGAUCUAUGAAUUCCCCAAGAGGUAAAGAAAACGCAAUAGAAGUUCCCCGUCAUUCCUAUACACCACCUUUGAUCUCUGAUUCCUACUGCCAGUCUCUUGGAUUUGAGAUAAAAUUGCCUACCUAAACCACAUGUGACAACAGAAGUUCACGCACUUAUUUCUAGUUCUCUUAAAGAUGUUUGAAAAUAUGGACCACAGUUUUCUUUAAAGAAUGUUUUGCUGCUGCAGUACUGAAACUGUGAAGAAUUCAACAUUUGAAGAAAAAUAACUUAUUGUGUACUGGUAUUGGCAGGACUGUUCAAGCCAGUGCUUAUUUUAUAUCUAGAACACGUGGUCCUGUGAAGUAGAACGCAUUUCUCUGCACUUGGUUUGUAAAUAUCUGUAAUGAAUAAACUGGAAAUUGUGAUUAAACUGAUACUCUAUGUUCUUAAAGAAAAAAACUUUGCUCAUCUCCAUUGGACAGUAGCAGGCAGUGAAGGCAGAUGUACCAUCUUUGUUGUCACAACUGAACCUCUGACCCUUGUCACCUUUCAAGAAAACUCUUUCCCAAAACAUGCCUGAGUCCUUUGCAGUGGAGAGGAGCAUCCACUUCUGACAGAGGCCCAUCAGGAUAAAUAUGCUUCCCCUUUGAAGCCUUCAUUGAAAACCAUUUUUUGCCCCACAAAAAGGCUAGUUAUUUUUCCAGACAAGAUCUGGAAAGGCUGAAACAAAAUCUCUCUGCAGUGGCAUCUCUCCACAUUUCCAAAGAUGACUGCAUAGGGGCCAGCACUGCAUAUCUGUGAGAGAUCUGAAAAUUAACUCAGGGUGAGAGAGGAACUCCCAGCCUAGUGAACAGGAUAGUAAGAUACAUGUCUAUUUAUGGUAGAGAUACAUGCCGUAGAAGCAUGGAAGGAAACUGUUCAUCAACCUCACUAAAUUUUAGAAGGAAGAGGCUCAUGUUCUCUGGUGUAAGAUUUUCUUUGCCGCUUAUACCGAAUGCAUAAAAUCAGAGGACCCAGAGCCAAAUGUUAAAGGCUGUUAUUUCUAGGAAGAAUGGACCAAUCUAGGACACACAUUUCUCUGUUGCUUUUGUGCUCCAUGAAGACAUUUUGAAUCUAGUAUGUUUCACUUUGUAUGACUUAGGCUUUCUGACCUAGGCUUGUUUUUUAUUUGUAAACUUUGAGAAGGUUGCAUUUUUUUGUCUGGAUAUCUGCUGUUUUUACAUAAUUGUUUUCUCUUUUUGGGACAAAACUUGGAGGAAUUGUGCUGUUUCAUCUUACACCUUUUACAUAUUCUUUAAGAAAGUCGUAGAACAUUUUAAACAGCUGUUGAUGUGGCUUCUGCUUUAUCCUACUGUAUACAGGGUGCACAGAGAAGUGUUGAUGAGAUAAGUCUGUUUUUCUCAUUUGCUCUGAAUGACGCCAUCUCCAGCUAUUUAUAACUGAGAUGGCUGUCUGAAUUGUCACCUAGAGCCUUCUGCCUUUGCAAGGUGAGUGUGGUGUUUGUAACGGGACAGGUGAGCUGGUGUUUAGCAGACUUCCUGAGGUCUCUGCCCCACUUCAUCCUGGACUGCAACAGUUUUCAUUAUGGCACUAAAAUAACACGCAGGCUUAACUGUCUUGCAGACUCCAUAAUAGAAUCUACCUUAGCAAGAAUGUUUCCCAGUUUGAUGGAAUUUAUAUUGCUGAAGUACUUUGGGGAGAAGGCUGUAUGGACACAGUGGCCUAUGUCAAUGAUAUUUUUUAAAGUACCUGUUCACUAGAUUGGUUUCCCUUCCUAGAUUGACUCCAGAAUGCAUCAGAUUAAAUUCCUGCAUAUAAUCACAGCUGUGUUUAUCAAGUGUGAUAGGUUCAGUGACUCUUUGGGAGGUGCCAGAAGAAAAUUCAGUAGAUGUCAACAAAAACCUUUUGUUAUGAAAAGUGUUCACUACUUUUAAUAUCUGCUUUAAUACUUGAAGUGUUUAGUUAUCUGCCACCAAUAAGGAUUCGCUAAGUGUGGAAUACCAUCAGGCUGAUUUUUCUUUGUACAUGUUUGUUAAAAUGACUCAUCUUUGCGUUCAGCCUCACCUCGGCUCCUGUUAGCCAAGAGCCCAGUGUCCUUGGAAACAGUAACCAAGGUUACUUAUUUCCAUACUGUGUAUUGUGUCGGGCAGCUUCACCCCGCUGCUUGAAUGGUGAUUAAUAAGCACUUUUCUUUUUGGCAUUGCAUUUUAGCUUUAAAAUUUCUAUGGCUUAUUGUGUAAUUUAACUUUUGUCUGGACACGCUUGAGAUAGAAAAAGUACAAGGUAUACUAGGACAGUUUCCAUGUUUUUCCUAUGGUUACUAGUUAACAUUAUAUAUGGGUUGCAUAUUCUAAAUUAUUUGAAUAUUUUGUAUAUAUACACAUAUUGUGGGCACUUUGGGUGUUUUGUUUUUUGGUCUGAUUUGUUUAAAGAUAUGUUCUACUUUCCUAUUUAAUUAGCAUGUUCCUAAAGCUAUAAAAAGAUUAUGAGGAGCUAUAUAACCUAUACGUUUGAAAUGCUUGCUCUGUACUGGGACCACUAUGAAAAUUCCCCUUUAUACCUUCUAGGUCAACCACGUUACUUUGUGUGAACAGCUAAUAAACUGACAUUUUCAAAGAUA